AUGGUACUGGCAUUUUGUAGACGUGGUUCGGUUAUUCCUAUUUGUCUCUAUCUAUUGGUGGGGAGGUAUAUGAAGGAAGGAAUCAGUGGAUUGAGGAAUGAAAGCUCGAAGACAAAGAGAACCGGGCUUUUCCAAAGAAUUACUGCAGCUUUCCCACUCCCUUUGAUUAUCAUAUACAAAAAGGUCUCUUCCACUUUCCUACCAAAUCUCUCUCUAUUCUGGCACAUAAAUGAAGGGAUCGAAGAGAUUAUGGCAGAUCAUGUUCACCAAGAAAUGACCCGAAAUUGGAUCUUGGUCUAUUUGAGAUUGUUCCUUUUAAUCGUAAUCAAAGAUGUUUUCUUGUCUCUCGUUUCUUUUCUGAAAAAAAAAAAGAACCUAAUGGAUCGAACUCAUAUGCUGUACCUGGUCGUUUAA